CCUUAGCGUGUGCGCGAGUUCGCGAGAGAGAAAGUCCACUCUUACGAACGCAAACAAAACCCAACCAACCAUUUUUUAUUUUGCACCACUCCCAAUUACCCAAAUCAACCGCAAUACAAAAACCCAUUUUUUCUUCUUCUCUUCUUCUUCUUCUUAUUUCUCUUCUCUACUCCUACUCACGAUUAAGAAAACGACUAUUUCUUGUUCUAUGAUUUCUCUGCCGGCCUUACCCAGUACGCUUUGGAUCUGAUUCUCGAUUCGGAAUUCUCAUCAUUUUAUUCCGAUUUCAAUUCAAUUCCAGUUGGGUUGAUCUGAUUUCUAGUUUUCGUUAAUUUUGAUCGGAUCAAUCAUUUUUUUUUUUUGGAUUCUGUUUCUCUGAAAUGGUCUAUCAUCUGCCGAGCUCAAUAUCGGUCUGCAAGUCCGUUGACCAAACCCCCUCUCCCAUGGCGAGCUUAUCAUCACCGUCCGAUCCACCAUCAGGUCCCACCAAGUCAAAUAAUCAUCAUUUGAACAAAUCCAGAAAGAUUCAUCAAAACUCGACCCCAAAUCCAUGCUCUACAACUUGCUGCGAUCGAUCCCGAUCGGGCGCCAUCGACGUCGUGAUCUUCAUCGCCGUGAUCGUCGCCCUCGGCUUCCUAAUCUUCCCUUCCCUCAAAUUCCUCUUCUCCCAAUCCCUCCAAAUCCUUGGAACCGUCAAGGACAUCCUUAGGGAUGAAGUUUCGCAGGCUCCGCUGGUGUACGGAUCCGUGGGGCUCAGCGCUUGCUCGGCGGUUUUGGCCGCCUGGGGAGUUAUUGCCUGCACCACCAGGAAAUGCGGGAAUCCAAACUGCAAGGGCCUCCGAAAGGCGGCCGAGUUCGACAUCCAGCUCGAGACCGAGGACUGCCUCAAGAAUCAUAAUAAUAGUAAUAACAAUAACAAUCACCACAACAACAAUAAUAAUCUGUUGGCUUCGACGGAGAAAAAGGGAUUGUUCGAAUUGCCCCGCGAUCACCACCGUGAACUGGAGGCCGAGCUGAAGAAGAUGGCGCCACCGAACGGCAGGGCCGUCCUGGUUUUCCGGGCUAGGUGCGGCUGUUCUCUCGGCAGGUUGGAAGUUCCUGGGCCCAAGAAGCAUCGAAAGAUCAAGAAGUAGGAUAUAUAUAUAUAUAUAUAUAAAUAGAUAUAGAAGAUGAAUACAGGAGGGGUUUAGUGUUAAUCUUCUGGGAUAAUAAAAAGGUUGGUUACAUUAGCUAAUGGGGGAAUAAUACUAAUAAUAAGUUGUAAGGAGCAUGGAUGGACCGUGAUAUACAGUUUGUUUAUUUAUAGUUGGGGAAUACAAACAACUUUUUCUUAUUUAAUUUGGUUA